AUGAUUGCUGCUCGUAGAUUGGCCCAACAAGGCACUCGUGCAUACAGCAGCACAGCUGCAGCCUUUGGCACUGGAAAGGUCACACAAGUUAUUGGAGCCGUUGUCGAUGUUCAAUUCGAUGAAAAGCUUCCCAAGAUUCUGAAUGCCCUAGAGGUUGAAGUUGCAGAGGGAAAUGAACGUCUAGUCUUGGAGGUUGCCCAGCAUUUGGGAGAAAACACUGUCCGAACUAUUGCCAUGGAGUCCACCGAUGGUCUUGUCCGUGGCCAAAAGUGUGCCGAUACCGGUGCUCCCAUUCAAGUGCCUGUCGGACCCGAGACUCUUGGACGUAUCAUCAAUGUCAUCGGAGAACCCGUCGACGAGAAGGGACCCAUCUUUACUGACAAGAAGUCCGAAAAGUUCGCUCCUCUUCACAGAGCCGCCCCUACCUUUACCGAGCAAGGAAAGUCCCAAGAGAUUCUUGUCACUGGUAUCAAGGUUGUCGAUCUUCUUGCCCCCUACGCCAAGGGAGGAAAGAUUGGUCUUUUCGGUGGAGCCGGUGUCGGUAAGACUGUCGUUAUCAUGGAACUUAUCAACAACAUUGCCAUGAACCACGGAGGAUACUCUGUUUUCGCUGGUGUCGGUGAACGUACACGUGAGGGAAAUGAUUUGUACCACGAAAUGAUUGAGGGAGGUGUCAUCAAGAUUGAUGAGAAGACUGGUUCCACUGCUGGAUCCAAGGCCGCCCUUGUGUACGGACAAAUGAACGAACCACCAGGUGCCCGCGCUCGUGUCGCCCUUACUGGUUUGGCCAUUGCCGAAUACUUCCGUGACGAAGAAGGACAAGAUGUGCUUCUUUUCGUUGAUAACAUCUUCCGUUUCACCCAAGCCGGUUCGGAGGUGUCAGCCCUUCUUGGACGUAUUCCAUCUGCUGUCGGUUACCAACCAACUCUUGCCACUGAUAUGGGUGCGCUUCAAGAACGUAUUACCUCCACCGGAAAGGGAUCCAUUACCUCUGUCCAAGCCGUUUACGUUCCUGCUGAUGAUCUUACCGAUCCUGCCCCCGCUACCACUUUCGCUCACUUGGACGCCACCACUGUGUUGUCUCGUUCCAUUGCCGAACUUGGAAUCUACCCUGCCGUCGAUCCACUUGACUCCACCUCACGUAUGUUGGAUCCCCGAGUGAUUGGAGACGAGCACUACGAAGUUGCCCGUUCCACCCAAAAGCUGCUUCAAGACUACAAGUCUUUGCAAGAUAUCAUUGCUAUUUUGGGUAUGGAUGAACUUUCGGAAGAUGAUAAGCUUACUGUCUCUCGUGCCCGUAAGGUCCAAAAGUUCAUGUCCCAACCUUUCCACGUCGCUGAGGUUUUCACUGGUACCGCCGGAAAGUUUGUUUCUCUAGAAGAUUCCAUCAAGGGAUUCAAGGAUAUCAUCAGCGGUAGCUACGAUAAUCUCCCAGAGGGUGCCUUUUACAUGGUUGGAAACAUUGACGAUGUCAAGGAAAAGGCUGCCACCAUGGUUGUCUAA